UCAAAGUGUAUACAAAACAAAACAUAACCUUCGUUUUUACAACAGCUGUGAACAAGUUGUACUUACUGCUUAGCCAAAUAAAGUGUAAGCUGCCCACAUUCAAGGUUUUAUAUUCAAGUGAAAAAUUAUCAAAUGGAGAUACAAGAAAGCAAAACAUCCAACAACAGUUUUGCCUAUUUGGACAUCAAAAUAGGCUUAGAGAAAAGCGGUAGGGUAAUAAUAGAACUGUUUGAUGAUAUAGUCCCAAGAACUGUUAAAAACUUUAAAUCGCUUUGUCUUGGAAGUGAAGAUCCCGUACUCUGUAAACCAUUAUGUUACCAAGGGACCCAAUUUCACAGAGUUGUACCGCAGUUUAUGGUGCAAGGAGGUGACGUUACCAAAAAUGACGGUACUGGAGGCAGAAGUAUAUAUGGAAAGCAAUUUGACGAUGAAAACUUUGAACUGACUCAUAGCGAAGAGGGACGUGUGGGUAUGGCAAACGCAGGCGCAAACACAAACAACUCACAAUUCUACAUUACUACAGUUCCCUGUCCGCAUUUGGAUAAUAUAAACGUUGUAUUUGGACAAGUUCGCAAGGGGUUAAAUAUAAUACGCGAGAUGGGAGAAGUGCCGAGAGAUAACGAUGUCCCCAUUAUUAAAUGCAUAAUUGAGAAGUGCGGAAUUUUGGAACCUGGAAAACUGUGGGGUAUAAAUGAAAAUGACGGUACUCUUGAUGUAUAUCCACCUUGGCCAGACGAUUGGGAAGUUGCUAGCGAUGAGAAACUGGAAAAUGUAAUUAGUAACAUUAAACAUUCUGGUAAUUAUUAUUUUAAACGACACAAUUACGUCGAUUCUGACAGAAAGUACAAAAAAGCACUUCGAUAUAUCGAUUAUUUGUUAACGUCCGGAAGUGGAUACGAUUCUAAGAUUGUAAGCGAAAUAAAGGUGUGCUCACUUUUAAAUUUAGCCGCAGUACGCAUAAAGAAAGGUAAAUUUCAGGACGCAAAUAUCUAUUGCAAUCAGGCUAUCGCUCUCGACUCCCAGAAUGGAAAAGCACAUUAUAGAAGAGCCCAGGCUCUUAUCGGUUUGAAGGAGUACGAUAAAGCGCUGCUAGAUUUAAACAAAGCCUACAACUUCUGCCCAAGUGAUAAGUUGAUACAAAAUGAGCUGCAAAAAGUCAAAAAUCUGAAACUGAAUUAUCUACAGAAAGAAAAAAUGAUAUUUUCAAAAAUGUUCAGCACUAUCAACUAAUUUUAUAAAUUGUCGAAUAAACAUCUUUAAUUUUGCAA